AAACCCAAAAUAACAGUUGUAAAGGCUAGGCCAUCAAAUCUUCACUAUGACAGUUUUAGAUAACUAAAAUAGCCAUGCAGUCCAGCAAAUUGAAAUCCAAGCAGUUUUAGACCAUCUACUGCAAAAGCACAUUAAGUAUAGUUAAUUUUGUUAAACAUUGCACAACAAAAGACAAGCAGUAUGGGCAAAACAUUAAAAAAAAAGAAUACACAAAGCCUUCUGAUCAAGAUACAACAAUAACCUUUUACACAGAAAUCAUUGUAUGGACAGGGUCCUCAGUCUGAAGUGUGACGUCCUCAUUGGCAUCUCAUCUGAAAAAUGUUUGAAAGACAAGAAUGUAAGAAACGGGUGUUGGAAAACAAAUAACUCAAUUUUGUUUUCAACCUCUAGUAAUGAAGUGGCGACGACUUGUUAACUACCACCCCUCCCUUCAGAUAGACAUGGAGACACCUCCAGGCCAUAUGUAUGGUGUAAUCAGCUGGCAAUGUAAUGCCAACUUCAUGUGCAUAGCACAUUUCCCCCAUAUUAGUAGGAAACUAGUCUACAUUUGAAAGAAAGAGCCAAAUCAAAAGCUAUGCAAACCCAUUCCUGAGGGUUAAAAUUUUUGGGUUCAAGGAAGGAACCAAACGUCGAGACGCCCGGGCUUCACAAAAAUGAGAAAUCUUGUCAUGAGAAACCAGUCAGACAAACCUUGGUUCCCUCCUGAGCACAAGUCUUUGCCCCCAAAAAGCAGAGAGCAUGACCUGGAGGACAAUGCAAGGCUUCUGUCCAUUGUCCUGCAGACGUACCUCAACACCACCCCAACACUGACUGCAACCUGCAACCGGCCUGCUCCAUAGCAACCCCCACAGCAGCAGGUGCCCGGACAGCUCACACACCCAGCUCACUAACUGCUCAUACUGCCUCAAACUCCUCUUUUGCAAACAGGAUUCCGCAGCUUGGAGGAGAGAAUUCCAGAUUUUUUUUAUGAACAUUUUAUUUUUAUGUUAAAAAUGUAUUCUCAAAUGCCACAUAUGUACAAUGCAAGAAUGGACCUAAAUUUCCUCUACACUGAUAAUGAACUGGAACAUUGGGCAGGACAGAACAAAAUUGUGAAAGGAAUAGUCCAAAAUCCAUCAAAUGUGGGUUCCUGGCAACCACCAUAUGGGACAGUUUUCCAUUCCUCUUUGCCAUGCCCAGUGUUACAGUAAUAUGCAUAACCACUUUGAGGAGGAAAAACAUAAAGCAGUUCACAUUGUCAAGACAUCCCACAACCAACCCCCUUCUAUUCAACCACAGAUAACCAUGGAAAAGGGACACUUAGUGCAAAUCCAUCCCACACAUCACCCCCAUGCUAUUCAUACAAUCUAGUGUAACGCUAGACUUCACCUCAAACAAUUUACAAAAAGGUAGUGUUAAGGUCCCAUCUCCUUGCCCAACACUUACCAUUUUGUCAGUCAUCUAUGGGGUUUCAGCUCCAUUCUCCCCAGGUGACUUGGGCUGGCUCUUGGAUCUUGAUCUUGAUGCUCUUUCCGCAGGGGUGUGGCUCCUGGAACGGGACUUUGACUUAGGAGACUUGGAUCUGGAGCGGGACCUGGACGGGGACUUCACCUUGUCUCUCUUGGGGGAGCGAGACUUGGAGCGAGAGUAGGAACGAGACCUUGAUCGGGUGUUGCGGGAGCGGCUGCGGGAACGAGAUCGGCUUCUGCUCCGGGAUCUGCUGCGUCUCCGACGCCUCGGACUGGUGAGGAGAAACGAGAAUGAGCUGUGGACCCCUUCAGAGGUUUUUUAACUAACCCAUUUCGUCAAGUAAUAUUACAGUGACACCCUGCAGCAAGCAUGGGUCCAGAGGGAAAGACACUCUUGAACAUCAUAAUCCUGGGUUUUGGAUUUAUGUUCAUGUUCACUGCUUUCCAAACAUGUGGCAAUAUAGAGCAAACUGUGAUCAAGAGUUUCAACAGUACUGAAUUCCAUGGGAGUGGAUACACAAGCAUGGCCAUCAUCUAUGGAGUUUUCUCUGCAUCCAACCUGAUUGCUCCCUCAGUAGUGGCUGUUAUAGGACCCCAGUUGUCCAUGUUCUUUAGUGGACUAGUAUACAGUGGAUACAUUGCCAUGUUCAUCCACCCCUACACUUGGAGCUUCUACACAGCGUCUGUAGUUGUUGGAAUAGCAGCUGCAAUAUUGUGGACAGCUCAGGGGAACCUACUCACCAUCAACUCUACAGAUGCCACCAUCGGCAGGAACAGUGGUAUUUUCUGGGCCUUGCUACAGUUCAGCUUAUUCUUUGGAAACAUGUAUAUUUAUUUUGCCUGGCAUGGCCAUGUUCACAUAUCAGACAAGGAUCGCCAGACGGUUUUCAUCUCUCUCACAGUCAUCAGCCUGGUGGGCAGCUUUCUGUUCUUCCUGAUCCAGAAGCCGGAGCCUGAGGCCACACCCUCCGAGGCGUCUGAGUCACUGCUGCAGACUGAGUCCACAGAGAGCACCUCUAUCGUCGUAGCGACUCCAGGUCUCGGUUCCCAGGCUCUGGAUGCUUUCAAGAAAGCGUUGCAGUUGUCUGUCACUAAAGAGAUGCUACUGCUGAGUAUCUCCAUAGCAUACACAGGCCUAGAGUUGACAUUUUACAGUGGGGUAUACGGGACAUGUAUAGGAGCCAUGACUCAAUUUGGGGAUGACGCUAAGAGUCUGAUUGGUCUCUCUGGCAUUUUCAUUGGCCUGGGAGAGAUCCUGGGAGGGGGCGUGUUUGGGAUGCUGAACAAGUGCAACCGGUUUGGGAGGAACCCGGUCGUGCUGCUGGGGCUGAUCACUCACUUCGUGGCCUUUUACCUGAUCUUCUUGAACAUUGCCAGUGAUGCCCCUAUUGCCCCAGAAGAGGGCACACACCUGCAGGCAUACAUCACCCCCAGUGUUGAGGUGGCUCUGCUGUGCAGCUUUCUGCUGGGCCUGGGGGACAGCUGCUUCAACACCCAACUGCUGAGCAUUGUGGGAUUCAUGUUCCGGGAGGACAGCGCUCCUGCCUUUGCCGUUUUCAAGUUUGUUCAGUCCAUCACUGCAGCCCUGGCCUUCUUCUACAGUAACUAUCUCCUGCUGCACUGGCAGCUGCUCAUCAUGGUUGUGGUGGGCUUCCUGGGCACGCUAUCCUUCUUCGUGGCUGAGUGGGUGGUGGUCUCCAGCCGACGGGACACUGACUAUGACAGCAUAUGACAACCUAUGGGAGGAGGGGGUCACGGUGAGAGGAGCUAUUCACAGCUGGACGGGUCAUCCGGGGAAGAGUCGGUGUAACAGCUUCCUAUCAACCUAGCUAUCCUCUGGAAUCCUUCAACUGACAGUUUGACUGGCCCACCUCAGCCCCAAUAAGCAGACUGUAGUAACGCUGUUUUAGCACAGUCAUUCACAGCUCUAUUGAUUCCAAUAAGCAGAGACUGUAGUAACGCUGUUUUAGUACAGUCAUUCACAGCUCUAUUGAUUCCAAUAAGCAGAGACUGUAGUAACGCUGUUUUAGCACAGUCAUUCACAGCUCUAUUGAUUCCAAUAAGCAGAGACUGUAGUAACGCUGUUUUAGCACAGUCAUUCACAGCUCUAUUGAUUCCAAUAAGCAGAGACUAGUAACACUGUUUUAGCACAGUCAUUCACAGCUCUAUUGAUUCCAAUAAGCAGAGACUAGUAACACUGUUUUAGCACAGUCAUUCACAGCUCUAUUGAUUCCAAUAAGCAGAGACUAGUAACACUGUUUUAGCACAGUCAUUCACAGCUCUAUUGAUUCCAAUAAGCAGAGACUAGUAACACUGUUUUAGCACAGUCAUUCACAGCUCUAUUGAUUCCAAUAAGCAGACUGUAGUAACAUUGUUUUAGCACAGUCAUUCACAGCUCUAUUGAUGUUUGCCUUUCAAGUGGAAGAUACACUUAAAUACUGUAUAUUUUACUUUACUUGGAGUGAAUCAGUUGUGCACAGAGGAGCCUUUAUUUUCAUGUUCAAUGUCAUUCACUGUGCUUCUGUCUUCAUGUAGAUGUUCAGCUGGUUGGGUUCAAUGUGCAGCAGUCAUUGACUAAGGCUUGGCUAGACUGCUAUUCCUAGCAAGGUUUCCAGUCUCAACAUGAAUCUUAUUAUACUACUUAAAUUUGAUAGAAGAAGAAAAUGUAGUACAGUCGAUUCUUGAUAAGCGCACAUUGGAAAUGUACAAACUCUGUUUACAUGCAGCACAGUUUAUCAAUUCAAAUACACUUUUCACUUCUGCAUGCUCAGGUUUAGUAUACAUAUUUAGAACACUCCCAAGCCAUUGCAUUUAUCAGGACUCCACUGCAUCUAGAUUUCUUGUAAGAUGGCAUUUGUCAUAAAGGGAGAAAUUAUCAAGACGCAGAUACACUAGCUUAUUGCAAUUUAAAUUAUUUUUGUUAUAGUGAUAUCUGUACGAAAUUGUUGAACAAUGCUCUAAAUGUUAUUUCUUUGUCAAUAUUUGCAUCACAUUUUCAGAGUAUCUGUAGUAUUCCAUAGGUUUUGUCAAAAGUGGGAUCCAAAAGGCCAUAGUGUAUUGAGGAUGAUGGCAUGGCUGUUGGAUGAAUGGUGUAUUACAAAAUGUAGACCAGAAUUUUUAUGUCUAAACUGCUCUAAGUUAUAUUGCUCUGUUAAAAUGUCACAUUGAAGAACUCUUGAGCUUAUGAGUUUAUAAGGCUAUGGUUUUAUUUAGAACUCACAUUGAAACAAUGGCCUUUGCACUCUGCAAACAUCAAGCAUUUUUUGUUCUACAUUUUCAUCAUGCAAUUUCGAUUGAGGUCACAAACUGUUUACAGUGUUUGUGCUCCUCCUUGCCAAAAAUGUGUAGUCUAAUUCAUGAAUCAUUUCAUUCAUUGUGUGGAUUGCUUGAUGUAGAGUUCAGUUCUGUGACACAUGAAAAACUGAGUUUGAAGAUUGUUCAGAGCCAGAGCUAUUGGAUGUGAGGCAAUCAAUGGGAUUUUGAGGGAAUAACUAUGUGUUUUGGAUUAUGAACUAGAUUUUAUACUUGAAUGUAGUUACUUAGAAAGGCACCAGGAUAUGCACGCUUGUUUUUUAAACAUUUUUAUUAUUAUAAAAUUGUUAUUUUGAGCCUUUU